GCGCGAAAUCUUCGUCAGUCGUUGUCUGUGUGUCUGUGGAGGAAAAGUCCGGUUUUUGUAACUAAACUUUGUUUUUCUUUUGCUCCAAUUGGAUCGAGUUUGACGAUGGAUGCUGCCACAGCUACCGCGGAGAACACAGCAGAGAUCAGAGACGAACUGUCAGAGAAAUGCCAGAAGUUAUUUCAGGCGUUUUUGGAGGAGUUCCAGGGCGGGGACGGGGAGGUGAAAUAUGUGCGGGAGGCCGAGGAGCUGAUCAGGCCGGAGAGGAACACUCUGCUGAUCAGCUUCACAGACCUGGAGGGCUUCAACCAGGAGCUGGCCACCACCAUCCAGGAGGAGUACUACAGGGUGUAUUCUUUCCUGUGUCGGGCCGUGCGUAACUUUGCACGGGAUCAUGGAAAUGUUCCUCUUAACAAAGAGUUCUACGUUGCCAUCCAGGAUCUCCCCACCAGACACAAAAUCCGGGAGUUGUCGUCCAUGCGUAUCGGCUCCCUGGUGAGGAUCAGCGGUCAAGUGGUGAGGACUCACCCAGUGCACCCGGAACUGGUCAGUGGUAACUUCCUGUGCAUGGACUGUCAGGCGGUGAUCAAAGACGUGCCUCAGCAGUUUAAAUAUUCCCCGCCCACCAUCUGCAGGAACCCCGUCUGCAACAACCGCUCCCGCUUCCACCUUGAUACACACAAGUCCAAGUUCAUCGACUUCCAGAAGGUACGGAUCCAGGAGACGCAGGCGGAGCUGCCUCGCGGUUCAAUCCCGCGCUCUGUUGAGGUCAUCCUGAGGACAGAGGCCGUGGAGACUGCGCAGGCUGGAGAUCGCUGUGAUUUCACCGGGACCCUUAUUGUUGUGCCGGACGUGUCCCAGCUCAGCACUCCAGGUCUGCGAGCUGAGACCAGUUCCCGCGUAGCUGGAGGCAGGCAGGGCUUUGAGGCUGAGGGUUUGAGAGGUCUGAAGGCUCUGGGAGUCAGAGAGCUGUCUUACAGGCUGGCCUUCCUGGCCUGCCACGUGGCCCCGACUAACCCUCGGUUUGGUGGAAAGGAGCUGCGAGAGGAGGAGCAAACUGCAGAGAGCAUCAAAAACCAGAUGACUGAGAAGGAGUGGGAGAAGGUUUUUGAAAUGAGCCAAGACAAGAACCUGUACCACCACUUGUGCACCAGUCUGUUCCCCACCAUUCAUGGCAACGAUGAGGUGAAGCGCGGCAUCCUGCUGAUGCUGUUUGGUGGCGUUCCCAAGACGACCAUGGAGGGAACCUCGCUGAGAGGAGACAUCAAUGUCUGUAUCGUCGGAGACCCCAGCACCGCCAAGAGCCAGUUCCUCAAGCACGUGGAGGAGUUCAGUCCCAGAGCUGUGUACACUAGUGGCAAAGCAAGCAGCGCUGCAGGUCUGACAGCCGCCGUGGUCCGAGACGAGGAGUCCCACGAGUUUGUCAUCGAGGCAGGAGCUCUGAUGCUGGCUGACAAUGGGGUGUGCUGCAUUGAUGAGUUUGACAAAAUGGACAUCAAAGACCAGGUGGCCAUCCAUGAAGCCAUGGAGCAACAGACCAUCAGCAUUACCAAAGCUGGAGUCAAGGCCACCCUGAAUGCUCGCACGUCUAUCCUGGCUGCUGCAAACCCUGUGGGCGGGCGCUACGACCGCAGCAAAAGUCUAAAGCAGAACGUCAACCUGACUGCUCCCAUCAUGAGCCGCUUUGACCUUUUCUUCAUCCUGGUGGACGACUGUAACGAGGUUACAGACUACGCCAUCGCCAGACGUAUCGUGGACCUGCACUCUCGCGUGGAGGAGUCUGUGGACCGACUGUAUACUCUGGAUGAGAUACGCAGAUAUCUGCUCUUCGCUCGGCAGUUCAAGCCAAAGAUCUCCACUGAGUCUGAGGAGUUCAUCGUCGAGCAGUACAAGCGUCUUCGCCAGCGUGACGGCUCUGGGGGCGUGUCCAAGUCUGCCUGGCGAAUAACAGUGCGGCAGCUUGAGAGCAUGAUCCGUCUUUCAGAGGGCAUGGCUCGUAUGCACUGUUGUGAUGAGGUGCAGCCCAAACAUGUGAAGGAAGCGUUCCGUCUUCUGAACAAAUCCAUCAUCAGAGUGGAGACACCCGACGUCAACCUGGAGCAACAGGACGAGCUGGAGGAGGAGCAGCAGGAGGAGGAAGGACACAACAUCCCUAAUGGAGUGAACGGCAUCGACGGUAUAAACGGCCAUGUGGACGGCCUGAACGACCACGCUGAACCCAGCAGUCAGUCCAAACCUUCCCUCCGUCUGUCUUUCACAGAGUACAGACGCAUUUCCAACCUGUUGGUUCUGCAUCUGCGCCGGAUGGAGGACGCUGAGGAAGAGGAGCAGCUGAAGAAAAGCGCAGUGGUGAACUGGUAUCUGAAGGAGAUCGAGGCAGACAUCGACUCUGAGGCGGAGCUCAUCAGUAAGAAGGGUCUGAUCGAGAAGGUCAUCCACAGACUGGUUCACUAUGAUCACAUCCUGAUCGAGCUGUCGCAGUCGGGGCUGAAAGGCUCAGAGCCUGAAAGCACAGAAGAAGCGGUUCUGGUUGUCAAUCCGAACUACGCCCUGGAUGAUUAAGCCCCGCCCUCAAUCAGUUUGAGUCCUUUGCUCACUGAAAAUGUAUUUUUCAUGACAAACCUUAAAGUCACAUUGGUCGGUUUUUGAAUGGACAUGUUAGCUUUGUUUCGCAUUAAAUUUGCUGUAUAUAUAGACUAGAUUUGGGGUCUUUUUAAACAUUUUUGGCCCAUCUUUUGUAAAUAUUCUGCUCUCAUUUUUGGAGUUAACUGACUCAAAGAAUCUUAAACUUGGACCAGCCCUCGUGUUGACUUAAUAUUUAAGGAUCACAUUGUUUAUUGGUAGUAUUCUGACUUAUUUUGGAUGGCUUGUAAAAUUGUGGCAUGCUUGAAGAAAAUGUUGGUUAAAUAAAUAAAUGUAUAUUACUGAUU